UAUUUUUAAUAAAUUUAUUUAAAAUGUUGGGUGUUGUACUUUUAUCACCUCAAAAUGAGCUUAUUCAUGCCUUUGGAAAUGCUCAAUUUAAGAUGCAUUUCUUUAAUGUUCCCCAUGGAAAACAAAGUGCUAGGCCAAGUAGUAGUAGCGGCAUUUCUUCACCUAAUUCUUGUCAUUAUUCUUCUGUUUCUUUAAUUACAACAAAUGAGAAGAAAGAAGAAAAUAAUUUUCAAAAUAAUAAUUCACUAUCAGAAAUAGAAAAGGAAAACAAUAAAAUGUUACUUAACAACAAUCAACAACCAGAACAAUUACUUUUUGAUACAAACGGGGAGAAUUUUUUACUUUGCCAGCUUUUACCAUUAGUAGCCAUCUGUCGCGCAAAUUCCAUCGAAAAUCAAAAUAAGCAACAAAUAUUAAAGAGAAUUCAAUGUAUUCAAUCAUCUCCAACUUCAUCAAAUGAUUGUGGGAAUCUUCAAGUAAAUAUUGCCCAUUUAGCAUUUUCUUAUAUUUUUAUUAUGAUUUUUGAUGAUGAACAAAAUUUAUUAUUAAAUUCCCCAGAACGGCUUUUUACUUCACUUCUAAAUUGUAUUAAUUUUCAUUAUGGCCCUCAACAAUUUCCUCUUUUAUCAAUGAAUACUCCAUUUGUUAAACAAUUAAAAAGGCGUUGUGAAUUUCGAAUAAAUAAAUUAUUAAAUGAAAAUAAUAAUCAGAAUAAUAUAAAUAAUAUUUUUAAUAAAAAUUUUUUUCUUUCUUCUGAUAAAAAAAAAGAAGAAAUUAAAUCAGAAUUAAUUCCAGCAUUAAAAGAAUUAACUAAAAAUGUUGCCCAGAAAUUUAAUAUUUUUAAUGGAGAUGUUAGUUGUUUACUUAUUUGUUCUGAUCGUUAUAUUGCUUCAGCCUCAACAUUAAAUAAUUAUUUUAAUAAUGAAGUAAAUUCAAUUAUUAAUUUUAUUCGGCAACAAUUACCUAAAGAAGAGGAGGAGGAAGAGGGAGAAAAUAUUACAAAUUUAUUAAAAUAUCAAUCUGAACAUUUUUUUCUUUCUUUUAAACAAAAACAAUUUUUAUAUAAUAUUUUUAAUAUUUCUUUAAAUGAAAAAAUUGAAUUUAUUUUGUUGAUACCUUCAGAUAAUUUAUUAAUUAUUUACAAUAUAACAGAAUGUUUACAAAUAUUAGAGAAUAUUAGUGAUAAUUAUUUAAAUAUAAAUUUAAUUAAUUUAUUAAUUGAAUGUAAACAACAUUUAGAAAAUAUUAAAUUAAAUUUAAAUAAAAUUUCAAAUAAAUUACCAAAUGGCUAUUUUUAUUAUUUAAGUAGUCCAAUAUUAACUAAAGAAUAUAUUCAGAAAUUAUGGAAUCGUUUUAGAAUAUCUUUGGAUAAGGUAAUUAUAUUUAAUUAA